AUGGAUCUCGACGGGCAUCCCGCCGAGGUCGAUACCGACCUAUAUUCUCGACAGAUUGGCACUUUUGGAAUAGAGAUGAUGGGGAAAUUGCAAAAGCUGAAAGUGUUGAUCAUUGGAAUGAAAGGCGCCGGUGCAGAAAUCGCUAAAAAUUUAGCACUCAUGGGCGUAGAGGCUAUAUGUCUGGCGGACGAUGAUACAGUUGAGCGUCGGAAUCUCGGAGUCAACUUUUUCAUACGUUCAGCAGAUGUGGGAGUCAAAUGCGUAAGUGAGGCCUGCCUACCACAGUUGCAGGAACUCAAUGGAAAUGUAAAUAUUACCAUACAUAGAGGUCCCAUCACCGAGGCACUUGUCACAAGACAUGAUGUUGCGAUCUGCUGUGACCAGACCUUUGAAAUGAUAAACAAUGUCAGCCGUGUUUGCCGUAAAAAUCAAUUGAAUAAACGUGUCGGAUUUAUUGCUGCUGAUACGUUUGGGAUGGUUGCGGCUGUAUUCGUAGACUUCGGUCACGGAUUUGUCUGUGUCGACCCAUCCGGUAAAGAUAUCACCACGGCUAUAGUCUCCGGGAUAUCCAAUGAAGAGAAAGGUGUAGUAUAUAUCCACGCUGAAGGUAGCAUGCCAUUCCAGACCGGUGAUGUGGUAACAUUUUCAGAGGUCCAAGGGAUGGAGGAACUCAAUUCCAUGGAUCCUAUUGAAAUAACAGUAAAAGAUAAGGAAUCAUUUACAAUCUGUGAUACCAGGAAAUUCAAACCAUACACCACAGGCGGAAUAGUCAAGGAAAUACGUAGACCUAAGACUAUCGACUUUAUCAGCUUCGAAGAGGCAUCAGCGGAACAGCUCCAUUGGAUUAGUAUGGCUUAUCGCACUUGUGGCCAGGAUUCUAACUCGGUCCUGGUAACUGCUAAUAACCUCAAUUCCAAAGCACGAUCAUGCGCUGUUGAUCAAAUUGACGAAAAGGUGCUGUGCAGUUUCGUCAAACAUGCCCAUCUUAAAAUAUCGCCACUUUGUUCCUUUGUAGGUGGUGUUGUUGCCCAUGAAGUUAUCAAGUUCACCGGAAAAUACCACCCUAUUAACCAGUGGCUAUACUGCGACUUCACAUUACCCACGGAAAUAACGUCAGGGAAUAAUAGCGAUGUUGGAUUCGAUUCGAGGUACAGUGACCAUAUUGCUGUUUGGGGACGAGAAGUACAAAGCAAGAUACAAAGUGCAAAGAUCUUUACGGUUGGAGCUGGUGCUCUUGGAUGUGAAUUGAUGAAACAUUUCGCACUACUCGGAUGUGGUACCCAAAAUGGAGGUUUAAUCACUCUGACUGAUAACGACCAUAUCGAAGUGUCUAACAUCAGUAGGCAAUUUUUGUUUAGGAAGAAACAUGUCGGAAUGUCUAAAUCAAAGGUUGCUGCAAUGGCUGCUAAAGAAGUCAAUGAACAUAUGAAAAUAGAUGCAUUGGAGAUUUGUGUCGGACCGGAGAGUGAGGACUACUUUACAGAUGAAUUUUGGGACGAACUGACUGUUGUGGUGAACGCUUUGGACAAUGUAAAGGCUCGUAUGUAUAUAGAUGGCCGAUGUGUAUGGUAUGAGAAGCCGCUUUUAGAAUCGGGUACAUUGGGCACUAUGGGCAACGUACAAGUCAUCAUCCCACAUAUGACACAGUGUUAUAGUGAGAGUCAAGACCCGCAAGAAACGUCAAUACCGUUGUGUACACUCAAACAUUUCCCAUAUCAGGUUGAUCAUACAAUCCAAUGGGCAAGGGACCUUUUUGAGGGUCUAUUCACACAGCUUGCGCAUGAUCUGAAGAAGCUCCAGGAGGCGUCACAUGAUGCGGACGAUAUAUCGGAUGACAAGAUAAAAUUGAUUUCACAGCUUUUAAAAAUUAAUCCCAAUAAUGCCAAGACGGAGUUGCUGCGUAUAUCUUCAGAGCUCAUCAACAGGUAUUUCAUCAACGACAUCAAGCAGCUGUUGUAUUCUUUCCCUAAAGAUCACAAGACAUCAGAUGGUCAAAGGUUCUGGAGCCCACCAAAAAGGAUGCCAAAACCAUUAAUAUUCGACCCUAGUAGUAGAUAUGUCAGCAUGUUCCUGGUAGCCACCUGUAACAUAUUGGCUGAGGUGAUAGGUUUAAAGUUACGUUUUGAUAACAAGGACGUGGAAUGUUUGCCGCCAUUGCGGUUUGAGGAAUUCAAACCCACUAUUUUAAGGCUAUCUAAGGAUAACGUGAAUGUUGAAAUUGAAAAACCCGCUGGUGCUGACAAACAACGAUUCCAGUUAAUUGACGAUAUCAGUAAAAGCAAAGUUCAAUUUAACUCUAUAGACUUUGAAAAGGAUGACGACGCAAACUUCCACAUCGAAUUUAUAUGGGCCACUGCUAACAUGCGAUGUGAGAACUAUGAUAUCGAACAAUGUGAUCGAAUGAAGGCGAAAUUGAUAUCAGGUAGAAUUAUACCUGCUAUCGCUACAACGACCUCAAUGAUCGUUGGAUUGGUGAUGCUUGAGUUUGUGAAAACGAUAUGUUACAAGAAAUUAAAAAUGGAUCAUUUCAGGAACUCGUUUUGCUGCCUGGCAACACCAGUAUGGUUACAAUCAGAGCCUUUACCACCCACUCCGACAACUGAUAAGGAGUAUGAUCCUGUAGUAGGCGGUCGUGUUCGAGCUUUACCACCUAACUUUACUGUAUGGGACAAAGUACGACUGAAUAUACCAAACGGUACGGUGAACAAUAUUCUUCAGGCUAUUCGUGAUACUUUUAAUGUCGAGGCUAUCAUUAUCAGUGCGGGUAAUACGUGCAUAUACAAUUCCUAUAUGCCCGCACACAACCGCGAGCGUCGUACUCAACGAAUUACCGAACUUUUGGAAAAGCUUACGAAAAAACCUCUUAUGCCAUCAUGCUCGUAUCUGGUUAUAGAAGCCAGCUGUACUGAUGACGACGAUACUGAUGUGGUCAUCCCUACGAUAAAAUUCGGGUUCAACAUGCUAUUGAGCCAUGAAUUUUUACCGGAGAAUACCACAGAAUACCUCGUAGAUGCUAACCCAGAGUUCCGUAAAAGGGCACGUAACGCCAUAUCGCAGGCCGUAAGAAAGUUCAUAAGUGAUACUCAAGACAGCGAAGAUGUUGAUGAACGUUGUGGUGAAGCCGUGCAACGGUUCGUCAACAUCAUGCGUACGCAAUAUAUGGAUAACGCAAUUCCGGACUAUCGAAUAGGAGGACUUAUAGGUAUUGCCUCAGCCGCCAUAGCCCUUGAUGAUCACCUCGAUGACCACGCUGAUGCGUUAAUCAGACUAGUACUUCCAUAUUUUACAGACCAGGAUCCUAGUGUAAGAUACUAUGCUUGUGAGUCAUUAUAUAAUAUCGCAAAAAAGGCUCAUGAUGGCGUUGUUAGAUGUUUCAGUGAUAUCUUCGACGGUAUUUGUAAACUCUCCUGCGACGAAGACGAGGAUGUUAGACAAAGUUCACAGUUCAUGAACCGACUAAUGCGUGAAAUUAUACUAAAUGACAAGUACAAGGCAGUUGAUUUGGUUGUCGAACUUAUCGCAAGCCGCAUGUAUGUGACAAACUCAUACGUCCGCAUAUUAUUAAUAUCAUGGAUUACUGCACUCAAUGCGUUACCAUAUGUCAAUAUGCUCGAACAUGUUCCCAAAGUAUACCUCGGACUCUUCAAUAUGCUAGUAGACAACAACAAGGAUGUGAGAGGGGCAGCGGAACUCUGCCUUGCUGAGUUCCUGGCACUUUUCAAGAAGACGUUUGCGACAAAGACCGAAAUAAUAAGUGACGAGUUUUUCAAUGUCAUACUCAUCAAUAUGACUCGCAACGAAUAUGUUAUCAAAAGGAUGAAUAUUGUAUGGGUACGAGAACUUGCCUGCUUGCAGCCGCAUGUCAUUUAUUUUAACGGAUUUCAUCUAUUACUCAAAUCGGUAAUAGUAUCCAUAGCCGAUCAAAACGGAGAUGUCAGUACUUGCGCACAAGAGGCAAACAAGCAGCUUUUUCUCAUGACAAAAGAACGAAAAACCAUCACCAAUGUCGAAAAUAUUACAAAAGAAUUAGUCACAAUAUUAAACUGCCAUGUUAACCACGUUGUUAUGCUGACAGCAUUACAGUGGCUGAUCCUGCUGCUGGAACUCAAGCCUAAAGUCAUGAAGGAUACCGUACCAGUAGUGACCAAAGCUGUAGUAUCAUGCUUUAAGCAAUGCGACUCCGAGCUCAUUAUGGAAGCGACAAUAAAAGCAAUAAUUCUAGUAUUAGAAUUGGGCACUGAACAUUUCGACCUGGUAUCGCAACAAUUAUUGGAGCUUUUUAAGACUGAUGAUGCAUUGCUGGAGGACAGAGGGAACCGUAUCAUCAUCAAUGUGUGCAAAAACAUCGGGUUCGAAAAUUUCUAUAGCAUCACAGCAAGUUGUCUUGCAAAGGAAAAUGAUCACAACUUCCUACAACGUAUCGUCCACACACUCAACUGGACACUACUGACAUCAGAAGACGCCAGGGAAAUGAGAGCGUUCCUACUUACCGAGAAUGGUGAUAAUCUGGGGACGCAACUACAGAUGUGUUGGGAUCAUAAUCUUGCGGCAGCAUUGGCCCUAGCACUAUGGCGCGAAAAAUAUGAAUUUGCUAACAAUAUUGUGCAACGAAUAGCGGAUUCGAAUUUUGGUAUCGAAUUUUGGCUAUGGAUAGACAGUAUCGUGCAAUUGUUAGAUUCUCACGUUUUUAUGAAAAUGAGAUUGCAUCUACUACAACCAACUCGUUACCGCGAACUUCUACAAGCUCUGCUUGGUAUGUUAUGUCCAUUCGACGCUUACCAUAAACAGGACUCUCUAUGA